AAUUAAAAAUCAACGCAAUCAACAAAUGCGUCUGCCUGGGCUGCGGCCAAGGUUCAAGGAACUGAAAAUCUGUAAACAGCUCCUGCCAAUAGCCCAGCAAAUCUCGACAACCCAAAUACCUGCUGCGGGUAAUGGUCCAUUUCCGGUAGCACCCUUCGAAUUCUUAUGAGGGAUUUCCAGAACACCUAUUGAAUUGCAGGCGCUGCUGGGGUUGCUUUUCGAGUAUUUAAGCAGCGAAUGUCGGAUGCAGUCCUGAUACAUCUGCGCAGAUACGCACUCACCCCUUCAACCCACUCAAGCCAAGCCUCCGUCAAUUUCGCCAUGUCGAUUCCAACCGUCUUCCACAACUCCAACUGCCAGUCACUGUCUAACCUCGGUGGUGGCGGCAUGCUGCAGUUCUGCAACACGUUCGACCCACGCAAGCGGCCACCGGCUGACUAUUGCGAAAUUUUCACGCAGGACGACUACAACACGUACCAAAUUGGAUGCAUCAACUACCGUGGUGGGACGUUCGUCGACAAUAACAACAACACGGUAGCGAUUGAGCGCCCGCCAGGUUUGGUUGUUGGUAUUGAUGCACCAGUCGAGUUUCCGGUCGGUUCCCACAACAACUACGUGUUUAUUCCUCGCAGUCAGCAGCACACUACAACAACAUCAGAGACCCCGACGUCGACUGCGAUGACCCUGCAUACCAUGUGCCACGGGUUCUACGAUUCCACUAGUGGCACGUCCUGCUCAUAUGAGACAAUGUGGAUCCCAGUGACGUCCUGGACGCCCUGGACAUAUGAUCCGGAGACGUACACGGGCACACCGCAGCCCAGCUACCCGGAGGAUUGGGAUGCGUCGUCUGCGCCGGAGGAAGCCUCCAAGGUGUGGAGCUACACCACCUAUUCCUAAAUAUAUGUGUACUUCAGUAGCCGCUUAGGGCUGGCUCUUCUUUUUGACAUGGCAAUAGAGUACUUGGCUUUCUUUUCUGCGCAG